AGAACCGCUUAGUCUUCUUCCUCCUCCUCUCUGUUUUUUUUUUUAAUCUCAAAAAGCCUCUCUUCUCCCCCCCCCCGAUGGGUGGAAACAACAGGCAGAGAUGGUUCUCCUUCCACCAACGCUCCGCUUCCGCCACCGCCACAACCGUCCCGCAGCACAAACACGACGAGACUCCCCCUGAGUUCCUCUGCCCCAUCACCGGUUUCCUCAUGUCGGAUCCCGUCGUCGUCCCCUCCGGCCAAACCUUCGAGCGUCUCUCCGUCCAAAUCUGCCGCAACUUAUCCUUCGUCCCGGAUCUCCUCGACGGUACCCGACCCGACUUCUCCGCCGUCAUCCCCAACCUCGCCAUGAAAUCCACCAUCUUCGGCUGGUGCGACCGCAAAAAAAUCGACCGCCCUCGUCCCCCCGACGCUGCUUACGUGGAAAACGUGGUCCGCGCCCGGAUGGAUAAAGAUCCGGAUCCGAACCCGAAUCCGGACCCGGGUCGUGAAUCUCCGGUUAAUAAGGAUGAGAUUCUUCUCCCUCCUGUCGCUGAGAACUCUCCUUCGGAUUACGAUACCGUGAUGGAACUAAUUCGAGCUCGAUCUAAGAAACCAAUAACGUCUUCCCCGACAACAUCAUCAUCAGUUGAGUCUGUUACGAUCCGACAAAGCCCGUUUUUUCCGACAAGAGCCGUUACGAUGUUUUCUUCCUCCUCAACUACUUCUUCCUCUUCAGAAAUUUACGCUGGAUCUUUCUCUUUCUCCGAUCACUCCUCGUCGUCGUCGCCGGCGAUGUCGCCGGAGGAGGAAGAGAUCUACAACAAGCUCCGAGCCGCCGACAUUUUCGACCACGAGCAAGGCUUGAUUCUACUUAGAAAGAUGACGAGAUCCAGCGAGGAUCUCCGCGUCUCGCUCUGCACCGACAGGAUCCUCUCUUUCCUCCGGCAGCUCCUCGUCUCGCGCUACAACCUCGUCCAGACCAACGCCGCGGCGUCUCUGGUCAACCUCUCGCUGGAGAAGCGGAACAAGGUGAGGAUCGUGAGGUCGGGGUUCGUGCCUCUGCUGAUCGACGUGUUGAAAUCGGGAACCGCGGAGGCGCAGGAGCAUGUUGCUGGAGCUUUGUUUAGUUUAGCGCUGGAGGAUGAGAACAAGAUGGUGAUCGGGGUGCUAGGAGCGGUGGAGCCGCUUCUCCACGCGCUUCGGUCUUCGGAGAGUGAGAGAGCGAAGGGAGACGCGGCGCUUGCGCUUUAUCAUUUGUCGUUGAUUCCGAGUAAUAGGACGAGGCUGGUUAGAGCGGGGGCGGUGGCGACUCUGCUGUCGAUGGUUAGGUCAGGGGAGUCUAUUAGCCGGAUUUUAUUGGUUCUGUGCAACAUCGCGGCUUGUCCUGACGGGAAAAGCGCGAUGUUGGAAGGAAACGCGGUGGGGAUUCUUGUGGGGAAGCUUAGGGAAGGAGGAGGGGGAGAGGAUGAGGCGGCGCGUGAGAAUUGCGUGGGGGUUUUGUUGACGCUUUGUCAGGGGAAUUUGAGGUUUAGGGGGUUGGCGAGUGAGGCGGGGGCUGAGGAGGUGUUGAAGGAGGUGGAGGAGAGUGGGAAUGCGCGUGUGAAGGAGAAGGCGGGGAAGAUUCUGCAGGCGAUGAGAGGAGGAGGAGAAAGUGAGUAUGGGGAGAACGCGGAGGCGCGUGAGUGGAACCGUAUGAUUGAAGCUACUGGUCUGAGUCGGACUCAGUUUGCUUGUACUUCUCAGUUCUAGGUGUUUUUUUUCUUCUUUUUGAUUUUCUUUUUACCAUUUUUGGUAAAAUGUUGUUAUAUUUUCUUUUGUUUUGUUUGAUAAAAUGGGUGUAUAUUAUUAUUAAUCCGAGUGAAUUGUAAUAUGUGAUUAUUGUGUUUGCAAUAUCAAAUGACAAAAAUGAAAUGUCCAUUUGUUUGUAAAGAGACGUCUAAUGAUAUUUUUUUUCCUU